AUGUCCGGCUUCUCGUCCGCGGCGUUGACGUCGAGCUGCGAUGACAUUUCCCACCGCUCUCUGUCAACGUCAGCUGAGCUCGAUGCUCUCCUCAAAGGCAUCGACCCGGGGAGCAUGGCAGCCCAGCAUCUGAUCUCCCUCUCCGCGAAACUCGACCAGUUCAAGCAGACUACGGAACAGUUGCGACAAUCCCUCACCGAUGCUUCGGCCAUGUCGCCGGGCCUCCGGAACGCCUUGUCCAUCUCGAUCCAGCCAUGCGCGGACAGCGCGGCCAUCGUCGAUAAGCAGAUCCGCAGACUCGACCCCGGAAAUGUCGACGGUCUCAACCCUGAAGUCAUCAUACAGUAUGAGGACUACCACAUGUCGAACACCCGCCUGUUCAAUCAGAUCAUCCAGGUGCUUCAGAUUCCUACCGUCACCGAACAGGACUCUCAGCUUUCCGCGCCUGAUGGACAUCGAAUGCUUGAAAACGCCAUUGAAGCAUCACAAAUCGUUAUGAUCCGGAGUGAUAUACUCGACAAGCCCAACGAGCCUGGCCAACCAAUGGGGGAUGCCGAAGUCGCUGGUGAAGGGCAGAUCAGCCUGGGUCCAGAUGAGUUGCCUCCGGAUUACCCCUCUGGAAAACCGGACAAGGGCAAGAGAAAAGCUACCGGCCAGUUCUUCUCGUCGUUAUCGAAUUCGUUCAAAGCAAUGACUGCGGGCCUUCGACCUAAGCCUGAGCCGAUGGUAAUCGCCAUGUGCCAGGCGGCCAAAGACGGAGAUGUAGGGCAUCUCAAGGGUUUCAUCUCUCAAGGAGUCAACCUCAACGGCCAGAACGACGAAGGAUACACUCCGCUUAUCUGCGCCAUUCGCGCCAAUCAUCUUUCUGCCGUGAAGUUCCUCCUCAAAUACGGCGCUGACAAGGCUUCGAAGGACUCAGCCAGCGGGAAGCGGAAGCCGCCUCUCUUUCACGCAGCUGAGUGUGGCUUCGUACCUAUCGCAGAAUACCUCAUCAGUCAGGGCGCGGAUAUGAAAGAGCGGUCUUGGUCCGGCCAGGCGUUCUUCAUUGAGGUUGCGAAUAGCGACCAGCUGGACAUCAUUCGGUUGUUCCUAUCCCGCGGAUGUGAUGCCAACAUGAUGGCCAUCAGCGGCCGCAGCAUCUUCAUCCACGCUAUUCAGAACGGCAGUCUCCCUCAUAUGAAACUCCUCCAGGAGUAUGGCGCCGACGUCAACGCUCGUGAUAUCACAGGCCUGCCUGGUUUACACGUGGCGCUGGGCCAGAACCGCCUGGACGUCGUCGCAUGGCUUCUCGAACACGGUGCCAACCCGAAUGUCAUGGAUCUUACAGGCAACACGAUGAUAGUCUCGGCGUUACACAAGAAGAAUUACGAACUGGUCAAAAUUCUCCUCACCCGAGGCGCUGACCCCAACGCCACGGGGCUGAUGGGCAAGGGAGUGUUGUGGACGAUGUUGCAAAACAAGGACAUGGAGGACGGCAUCAAGGCUGACCUAGUUCGCGCACUGCUCGACCGCGGAGCCGACCCCAAUCAGACAGACAGCUGGGGAGAAUCCAUCAUGUCACUUGUCGUGACCCUGGGCAACACGGAUCUUCUCCGCACUUUUCUCACCCAUGGCGGCAACCCAAACAAGAAGAUCAAAGAAGACACCUUCCUCCUUUACGCCAUAGACCGUGCUAGGUUCGAGCAUGUCAAGAUGCUGCUCUCUCACGGUGCCGAUGUCAAUGGGUCUGACAACAAGGGAAGAGUACCGCUCGUGGAAGCUCUUCAAAUGAACAACCGACCUCUGAUAGAGCUACUGCUUCAGUUUGGCGCUGACCCGAACAAAAUGGGCCAGAUCGAGCCGUUAGCCCUAGCUAAAUUGAUCGGAAACACGGAAGUCGCUCAGAUGCUGACUGAAAGAGGUGCUGAGGCUCCCAAGAGGCGAACUGUUGAGAGUAUGCCGACAACCCCGGCCACUCCAGUGACGCCAGCAACGUCAACAGCACCGAGAAGAGUGAGCGUUGGCGUUUCUCAUGCUCGAUCUGAAUCGGGUCGAGCAGACAUGCCGCCACCGUACACCGAAGGCGCUCUCAAAGACCCUCCCGUCUCUGGUAGGCGUGUCUAG